AUGGAUCCAGAGCAGCCACCGGCAGCAGCAGGAGAUGCUGCCAGAGAGAAUAGCGCCAGCACAAGGCAGCAGAAGCAGGAAGAGUAUGAGCAAACAGCGCUGCGCCUCAGCCUAUGCAGCGAUGAAUCUUUCGCCGUUGUUCUGGGCAAGCUGCUGCCGCGCGCAAUACUGGAGUUGAUGACCUGUCCCUCGGCGUCUCUUCGCAAGGCAAGCAGCACCAGACAUAGCAGCAGGCACAGCUGUAGGCGAAGUGUCAUUUUAAUUGUGAACAGCUGUCUCCGUCGUGUUAAAGAGGCCCCAGAGGUGCCUGUUCCUGCAGAGGAGCUGCUGAAUAUCCUAGCUGCAGCAGAGCAGCAACAGCGUACGGGGGAGAAGCAACCGCUGCUGCAGCAGCAACUGGACCAACUCCAACUCCCCCCGGUUCGCGCAAGCAACUUGUCUGUGGCGAGGGGCAUCGUCCCUUUGUUCGUCUCCGCCGCGAUACAUCGCAGAGACGCACAGAGCCUUUGCUCUCUGGGUCUGCUGUUGCUUGAGCACUAUGACAAGUGGGCCACCUCCAGCUACCCCACGAUGCUGCUGCUGCUGUUGGAAUGUUUCACUGGGCCUCAAGUCCUACAGUCACUGAAGCGCAGCUGCAACAAUCCCAUGGGAAUACGCGUUCUAGAGGCACUUGCCGCAGUGGAGACGCAGCUGAUGGUUGAUGACGCCGCUGAUGCUGCUGCGGAAAUAAGCAAAAGCAGCAUUAGCGGCAAGUUACCUUGCUACAGCAAGCCGUCCGCCUCUUUCCUUGCAGCAGUGGAGGCGAUAUGCGAACUUCUGCUGUUGGGGGGGGAACCUUCUGGAGCAGCGGGAGCAGCAGAACUGCUGCAGAAGCAGCAGAUGCGGCAGAAGGCAAUACAAGUGGCACACAGCAUUGACUGGACCGCACUCCGCGCGAGGGAUCAGAAGCGAAACCCAAAACCUCCCAAGGGAGAUGUCGGGGCAUUUGUCCGCUGUUGGUUCGUGGAUGUGCUGGGGUCACAGGAAAAUGUUACUAUGGUGGGUCUAGGAGGAGCUGUACCAGCAUUUGGAGAUGCACCAGGAGCGCCGAAAGGACCAGCGAGAGGGCUCUCGAGUGGUACUGUCGGGCUGUGGGAAAGAAGUUGCAGGCUUUCUCGCCAAGAUUUGGUGAUUCAACAGACGCGCGCGGUGGAGUUGCUGACAAGAGCUGCUUGCUCUGCUCCUGUUGCAGACGAGAAAGUAGUAGCAGAUGCAGCAGCAGCUACAGUUGCUGCUCUUGCUGCUGCUGGUGAAUCUGGUACUCCGGUUGAAGCUCCAGGGGCCGAAAAUCCCGCCCAAGCAAGUGCAGCAUCGACAGCAGCAACAGCAGCAGCAACAGCAGCAGCAACAGCAGCAGCAACGACAGCAACACCAGCAUCGGCAACAGCAGUAGGAAAAGGAGAAAACAUAGUUUUGCCCCCUGUCAUCCUUGCGCCGAUUAUUCUGGGCAGCUGCGCCCCCUUUGCUUCGAUCGCUGAUCCCUGCACUUCUGCUUUGACUCGGCUGGCGACUGUGGUAACUGCUGCUGCUGCUAUAGCUUCUGGAGACGCUGCUGCUGUUCACACUGCCGGUGCGGGGGUCCCGGCUGCUAGCAACACGGACGACGAGCUACUUCUCCAGCUGCUGUUCGACUUGGUCCUGCUCCAUCCACUAGAGCAUCUGCGACACAUCCAGCACAUAAGGCUGUUGCUUGGCUACACAAGUCUCCGCACGCAAGAGUCUCGGGGUCCACUACCCAGUAAGGUGCAACAGAAGUUGCUGCAGCAGUUGGGCAAAAGCCGAGCUGCUGCAGAGAGGCGAUUUUGCCUCGCCGUGUUGCAGCUCCAGUGGGAGGCCCUGAGCCUGCUGCAGCAGGCGCUGCAGUGGGGGAUCGGCUCUGGACAGCCUACAACCCGCUUCAGUGCUGCCCUGUCUUUCCUGCAGUGGUGCCUGCGGCUGCAGCGCUGGUUCUGCUGUGACGUUCAUGCAGUUGGUGCCGGAGCUGCAACGGGUGUUGCUGCCAGCAACGAUGCAACUCAGCAGCAGCCGUUGCAGCAAAGGAUUCUUUGCCCCUCCUCAGCCCGCAUAAGUUGUUUGCUUCUGGAUUUCUUCUCCCGGGCGAUCGAGCAGCUGCUGCUGGUCGCAGUGCCACCAGCGCCAGAGCUUCUUGCUAUCAAUUUCGUGGGCUCACUUGAUGCUUCCGCUGCUGCUGCGGAGGAUCCGAACACAAACCCCGUGAGCAGGGCCCCGCAAUUGCUGAAACAAUUCAUGCAGUGCUCUGCUUCGGUUUUUGCGGCUGACGCGGUCGUUUCUCCUGAUCUCGUAUAUCAAAUGAGCCAAGACAACAUCCCUUCGUCGCUGCGUCCGCGCAGUGCAGCAGAGCUGCUGCUGCAGCCGGCAACUCGUGAACUACUCCCCCUUCUUCUGGACGCGAUAUCCACUGCCUGUCGUGUCUGUCCGUUUUGCCCCAUUCCCAACAGCGGCAGCAACGGGAGCAGCCCCUGUAGCAGCAGCAAGUGCUCGCUUGUUAGGGGACUAGAAGACGACGCUUCCCGGAGUGAUCCCUUGGAUGAGAAGUUGACCCAGGGGAUGCUUCAGCUGUUGCAGCAGCUGCUGCUGCUGCUGCCCCGUGCUAUCGAGGCUGAUGCGCAACAAAAGGGAACAAAACUGCAGUCGCAAAGACGACGCGCGGCCUCUGCUGCUCUCUCUCUCAGUGCGACCUUGGAUAACCCUACCACCCCGUCAGCCUUGCAAGCGCUGCGCAGCUGCAGUGAUUGGCUUGCGAUGCGGUUAGGUGCCCUUAGAGAGGCUCUGCAGCAACAGGAUGACGUGAGGCAGCAGCAUCGGGCGCAGCUGCGGCAGCUACGGCAGCAGCACGACUUCCUUGAGGAACAACUUAUAGCUAUGCUGGACUGGACCUGUGCCAUUUGGUUGCAUCUGCCUGGAACUACAGCUGCAACGCAAACAGCCCAGCGGAAGGAAACUGAACCUAGUGAUGCACCUCUUGAGGCGAGCCAAGGCGAUGCGUCUGUCAGUUCUGUGGCGGCGCAGCAGCUGCUGCUUCAAGAAGUGUUGAGGUUAGCGGCGAAGGCCUUCCCCACGAACCACCCUGCCCACAGCUUUUACUGCCUGAUCUGUUUGAGUGUGGAGACGGCUACCGUAAGCAGCGGCAACAGCAGCAGCAGCACAUCGAAGGGGGCUUCUGUGGCUGAAACGGCCGCAGGCAUUUUGAAACAAUCUGAACGCCAGGAGGCACCUUCGUUCGCUGCAUUGCUUCACUUUUCUCUUCCUCGUCUCAACCCAAACAGGGGCGGAAUCGUUAGUGCUAGCGGGACAUCGUCGCAGCAACAAGGGCCUCCUGUUGCUCACCUUUCCGUCGAUCCCCGUGGCGCGCAGCAGCAGCUUGCUUCUGCAGCUAACGUAUCACCAGAAGAAGCAGCACAGACGCUGCUACCCCUCGCGACACGCCUGGGGGAACUGCUGCAUGCCGACCUCCGGCUACAUGCAUGCAUGCGCCUUGAGAACAAGGAGCAGCCCGCGAAAGAAGGAGGUCCAGGAGCAGAAACAGCCACUGCAGCUGCCGCAUCUGCAGCUCCAGAUACGAGCUUACCCGUGAAGAAGCUACGUCUCGCCUCAAAAGAAGACUUGAUGGUUGCUGCAAAGAGCGCUGAAGUUGGCGCGGAAGACAUGCGUUUGUUUGCAGUGCUCUUACUGCCACUGCUAGUGGCUAGGCAUCCCGAUGAGGCCGUCAGUGCUUCUAUGCGAUGCACCUUUUGUCGGUGCUGGAUGGGGCUGUUACGGUGGCAGCAACAGCAGCCGCAAGACAGGGAAAAAAGUGCAUGCUUGCUGCCAUUGCUUUCCCUGCAAGAGCCCCUGUUGGUAUCUUCAGUGUUGUUUGCACCGCUUGGAGCUUCCAUCUCUGCUGCUCCCGUUGUUGCUGAUCCAGCCGCAGCAAAGAAACGCGGAGAGGCUCGGCAUGCAAUGCAGAAGACGCGGGAAGAUGCGCGGAGGGCUGCAGCAGAUUUGAUGCGUCUCCUUGCCGCUGCCGUGCAGCAGCAGCAACAGCGACAAGGGGAGCCAAAGAUACUCCAGACACCAGGAGGUGAACCGCUGCUUGCAGCAUUCCUCCCUUUCCUCUCCGGGUCUGCCGUUGACGUGCAGCAGAUGAAGCGUACCAAUAUCUUUGCUCCAGAACCGUGUUUGCAAGAGCAGCAGCAGCAAACUCCUCUUGAUGAUGCGCUGUACCUCCAGCUCAAGGAAGCUCUGAAACAACGCCAGGAGCUGUCUUUGCAGACCCAAGAGCAACAACAGCAACAUGUGCAGCGUAUCCCAACACCGGGAGAGCUAGCCGGGAGCCUGGUUGUCGUGGGCUCUGUGCUUUCUGCUGGGGAGAACGAAAUACGCAACAGAUGCGAAGACAACAAAGACAAGGACAUUAUCGUUCAGGCAGUCGCUGCAGUGCUGAAGCACUUUUGCUUCUGGGCCUCUGCGUACUGUGGGGAGGACUGCGUGAAAGCUGCAUUUCCGCUGCAGCAGCAGCGACUUCAAAUGGCUGCUUUUGCGGCGUAUGCCCAGUCUUGGGCGGAUGCCCUGUUGCUGUGCAGCCUGGAGGCACUCUCACGAGCCCUGAUGGACCAUUGGGAGUCUGUGCUAGUUGCGGUACUCUCUGUAGACGAACCACAGCAAAAUGAACAGGAAAGAGAAGGUCUUCAACAACAGCAAAGAGACAGAGAUGUUGACGCCGUUGAGUCUUUGCUCUCCCUUCUAACCACGAUAUCCAAGGCUAGCCUUAGCCGCUGCGUCGCUUCAGAAACAGGGCUCAUGUUGCCAGCUGCAAAUGCCUCCCAACGAACCGGCCUGCUGUUGCUUCAGUCCUCUCUGCAGUCAGUCGCUUCUCUGGCAAGUCUCUGCGCAGCGCAGGCUUGCAGGCUCAGCAGCAGCAGCAACAAGGCUGACGCAUGGCGAGGGCCCUACCACCGCGCUGUUAGAUGUUUGUUGGAGACAGCAUCCCUGGUCGCGCCGCAGCUCCGCUCCGCCGCGGCUCUUGCUGUGGUGCGGCUUGUGUUGGACUUACACCGCAUGCGCUUUGCUCCAGCUGCAGGUACAGUAACAGCGGAGACACAACUGCACUCUCAGGGGGGGGAGGCAGCUAUGGCUGGGGAGUUGAAGCAGGUGUUGCUCUUGCUCUUGCAGUUGGUGCAGCUUCAGCAGCUGGGAGCAGAGUCGGAUGGGAAGAAGGCCUCAGCAGGAGAGGAGGAGAAAGCCGCUGCAGCAGCUGUUGACGCUGCAACAGAUUCCGCCGCAGCCAACGGCAUCAAUGCAGACCUUGCUCGUCUUGUCUUCGCCUCACCGAAUUUGAAGGUGUCUUUGUGGCAGAGGGUCUCCAGCUCUGCGGUCUGCUGGCUCUCGGCACUGUUGCUGCAUGCAAAGCACUUACCAGAAGUCGCUGCAAUGCUGGUACAAUUUCAGCGAGUUUUCCUCUCCAGAAUUGGGGAUGCAGAUACAUUUGUGGGUCACUGCGCGUGGCGGGGGAUCAGCCGCUGUUUCCUUGCCGCUUGCUUAUCUACGACAGAAGCACCAGCUGCGGCGUCGACGAGCACUGCAGCAACAGCAGCAUCGAAAUGCGCAGCAACGACAGCAGUGACAGAAACCACGUCGAAAGGAAAACCCGGCACGAUACGAGAUAUGCUACUUAACGAACUGUCCCUUCACGUGGGCUCUCGCAUUUCCACUGGUCCUAAUGAGCAGGCGCUGAAGAUGCAGGGCUUUUCUGUGCCGCAACAGCAACAGCAGAAAGACAUCGUGGAAGGCAGUAAAGAGGAAUCAAGUGACUCUUUAUUGGCCGGCUCAGCUGAACUACGAGAUGCGGAAGGAGGCCUGGCAAGGUCCAAGUUGCUGCGGCAGCUACUGCAGACAGCAAAAGACAUUGGACACACGGCUGCUGUGUAUGCAUUGCUUGACCAGCCCCUCCCGCCUCUGUUUGUAGAACCCCUGUGUAUUGCUGCUUGCGACGUCUCUACCCCGUGCUUCUGCCUUCCGGCUCUCAGACAGCAUCUUUUACUCAGUCCUCACGGCAGUUUAGAAGCUGGUACAGCAAGUGACACUGCUGCAGCAGUUGCAGGCACUGAAACAUCUGCAACACCAGGAACAGUAGACGACGGAGACGAAGCAACCAAAGCAUCAAUAACUCCAGCUUCGGGAGAGCGGGAAACUUUGGUUGUGAAGGCCCAAAUCUCAGCCCUGCGAUUUUGCUGUCCCCUGCCCCUUUUGUUCUGCCUCUCCGUGUACUUCUGGCACUCAGCGAUGCCACUUAGACAUGCCGUGGAGAUGCUUUCACAGGCAAUCUACGGCAUCUCCUCGGUGGUGGACUUCACUGGCCCUGGUCCUGCUCACAGCACGUUUAUGCUUGCAUUGCAGCAACAGAAGCAACCACAGCAAAACAUCCAACUCUCCGCAUGGCAGCGUGUCGUGCAGCAGAUUGUCAAGCGCCUGCAAAGUCCCAAUCAGCUCCUCAGAGAAGCCGCAUGCAAGGCUGGAGCAGACGUGCUAAAACGAGGCCAUGCCUGGGCUGAGGUCGAACCCUUCUUUGCAGAUCUGUGGCUCUCUGGCGCUCGCUGUCUAGAUGAUAUCGUUGACGAAGUUAGGGCAGCAGCGGCGGCCCUAGGGCGUGCCCUCAAGACCCUCACAGUGGAGAUAUGCAGCGAGGGGUCUCCACUCGUAGCAUCGGUGUCCCUUCUGCAAAAGAUAUGCGAACUGCACGGAGGAAACAAAGAGGCAAGAUACCGACACGUGGCGAAGCAAGAGGCUUCCACUUCUCUCUCAACAGGCUUGUUGCAUCAUUUGUCUUGGCUAUACUGCAGCAUGUGCAGCACUGCAGAGGUCCGCAUCCUCUGCCUAGACGUUCUUGGAGAUAGCGUUGCCCACUGCUUCGCGUCGCAGCGGCGGAGGCAAUCAAAAGAAACUGUCAAGAUGGACUCCGAGACACGCGACAACCCCGUCACCGAUGCCACCACCACCCCCACUAGUGACAAAACUAGCAGUAGCAGCAAAGACUGGUUGGUUCCCCUGGUGUUGUUUCUGAUUGAAGGGUUGGCCGCGUUUGAGCCUCGCGCUUUCUCUUACCACCAAUUUCACGCUGAGAGACUUCACGGGAUCUCGCAGACAGACUUCGAGAAAACCAGGGUGUCUCUUUCGCAAACAAGCAGGGCAGCCAAAAUCCUUAAAGAUAUUGCCCGGCAAAUGGACCUUAGCGCUGUGGGGCCGCUCGUGCAGCCAUUGGUACAAAAGCUGCGAGCAAGCGUUGGCGUGGCGAGUCGUUGUGGUGUUUGCUUUUUUGUAUGCUGGUUGUUUGACGAGUGGGGUAGUAAAAUACCUGAUGCGGCCACACACUCCAAGCGGUUGCUCAAGGCUUUCGCUCGCAGUCUCCUGGACGCCUCACCGACCGUUCUAGAGAAGCAGCUACUGCAGCUGCCAUCGCCUGAAUGCAUUAACUCCAAAGAGAGAGAGGAAACACAGCUUGGCGUGGGAAAUGCCCUUCUGCACGUCUCCAGGCGGGCGAGCGAGCUGUUUAAUGGAGAGUUGAAGGGAGCCAUCGGAGCCGUGGCUUUUUGCCUUCGCCACAGCAGUAAUGCAGGUGUUGCUGAGGUUUAUAGGGACCUCUGGACAGAGGUUGCUGGCUCAGACGCGUUCGGAAUACCCCGUUACCUUUGUCCUAUUAAGGCUAAAUUGCAGCAGCAGCUGGAUCUUUCAGUGCGGGAAGAGAGACUCACUGCUGCACGUGCUGUUUCUACCAUAGCAGCCCACGUCGCUUCCAUCUGGAGAGACGGACUCCCGUCAGAAUAUGCAGAUGCCCAAGAAGUGUCGGUCAUCCGGGAUCUGCAAGAGGCCGUCACGGCGCGUCUGCUGCAGGGUCAGGCGUCCUUUAAGGGUGCAGCGCCUCUGUACAUUGCAGCGCUAGAUGCAAGCGCUGCUCUAGACGGGCUUAUGAUGCUGCAGCGGCUGUGUGGCUCUGCAGCAGCAGAAAACAAACGUGCAGCCGAGUCCGAAUCCCCAGCUGCACCGAGUGGCAGCAGCGCUACCGUCGCCAAGCGUCUGCUGCGGUUGCAUGCUAGCGACAAACUAGCGAUUGUGGUGCACAUCCCCAGCUGGUUACAGUUCUUGCCUCCAGAAACGCGCGCUUACCAGCCGUUUGACGAGCUCCUUGCCCUUGUUCACUGCGUUCUGAAAAGGGUUGAUCAGGGGUCCCCUGACGACGAUGAAUCGUCGGAAGAUGGCGGCCUGGAGAGGGGAAAGGCUACGCAACAAGGAGGGGAGCCAAAUUCCACCAGCAGCAGGCAGUUGACUUCCCGCGAUGAAGCUGCCAUUCGGGCAGGAGUUCUGGCACUGCUGCGCCUCAUACGGACAGACAUUUGCCUGAGGCUCGGUGUGGAGCACGAGCCAAGAGCUGCAGAAGGAGCAGAGGGGCUAGAAUCGGAAGAAACACCUGCUGUGAAUGUAUCUGUUGCCUCGUGGACCAGCCUUCCGGCCAACGAAGGCGGCAAAGGGAUCUCGGUAUUCACUGCCUGGAAAUGCACGGGCAGCGAUAGUGGAAACGACAGCGGCGGCAAUAGCAAUACUGGCAGCAGCGGACAUGCCGGUGUGAAGGAAUUCCUGGGUUUGUUCGUUCGGUACCAGUUGACCUCUGUACAGCUCAAAGUUGACAUUCUGCAGAGAUUGUCAGACCUGGUUAGCCUUCUGACAAGUCUGUCUGUUUGUCUCUGCGCCGUUGCGGAGCCUCGCGAGUGGUGGGCUGUCUUCACGCGCCUUGGAGAAAUGCUUGGGCAGAGGAAGUACCCCAGGCUCAGACUCGCUGCAGCAAACACUGCAGCAGAGCUCGUGCGACACUACAUACAUGUUGGUUCAAGCUCUACCAAAGAGCAAGAGAAGCAAGAAGCAGAACGGACAGCUUCGACAGGCGCAGCAAGCAUCAAAGGUGGAGACACAGAACUACACCGGAACUUUUGCAUCCCUGUGGAAGAGUUGCUGAAUGUGGCAGGGCGCGUAGCAUCAACAUCAUCAACAGAAACAGCCGCAGCAGGGUCACUGCAGGCAGCUUCCGCCUCUUGUCAGGGGACUUGGUCAGUGUUUUCACUGUGCAUAUCUCCGCUGUCAAGUAACCAGCAAGAGCAGCAAGACGAGACCUUAAGUGAGGUGGGAGGUCGAGUUCAGGAGAUGCAAAGAUCACUUCGCCUCCGUCUUAGCGAAGCCCAGGAUAGGGAAAACGCCUGCUGCAAUAUACGCACCAGCAGCAUUGCCACUAGGCCCGACUCCCCCCAUUGA